CUGUGACGUAAGUUAGAUGCGCCAGCAGUUUUUCCCCGGCGGCUGAGCUCAGUUUUACUUUAGACAAGCUGGAAGCUGGACAUCUUAACUGACCUUUUUGCUGGACAGCCAGAACAGAGGAUAGACAGGACAUGUCUGUUUGAGUUUUCAGAAGAAUGUGCUCUUGUUAGGAGUUAGGUCUGUCUUCACCACGUGCUUCCAGAGUUUUACGUAGUUUCAUAGUUUUUGUUUACAAUUCCAGUGUUUUAAUGGGACGAGAAGACAUUUCCCGACUGCGCAGGAAGGACAUCCCGGACAGGUGGCAGAACUACACAGCGGUGGGGAAGAGACUGAAAGGAACUCGCUUCAUCGCCUUCAAAGUCCCUCUGAAGCAGGCUUUGAUUAGGACGCUCCCCCCCUCCGAGGUGUUUGGUCCCUGGGAGCUGCUGGAUGCUCUGAAGGAGGACAACCAUGAGCUGGGGCUGAUCAUUGACCUGACAUACACCACACGUUACUACAAUCUGCAGGACCUUCCUCAGUCGCUGCUGUGUGUUAAGAUCUUCACAGCUGGCCAUGAGGUUCCCAGUGACCAAACCAUCCUGAGCUUCAAGCGCACCGUCCACAGGUUCCUCAGAGACAACCAGGACAACGACAAGCUGAUUGGGGUCCAUUGUACCCAUGGACUGAACCGGACCGGCUACCUGAUCUGCAGGUAUCUGAUUGACGUGGAGGGGAUGGACCCGGCCCAGGCAGUGCAGCUGUUCAACUCGUCCCGUGGCUACGCUAUCGAGAGACGGAACUACCUGGAUGACCUUCAGCACGGUCCAAAACGGAGUAACGCGGGCAUGGAGGAGUGUGAGCUGGAGCCACAGAGAGGCCAGGCCGUCCAGCGGCCGCCUGUCGCAGCUUCCCCCAUGAGAGACCACCGCAACUACUACAGGUCACACUGGCGUGGAAGACCGAGUCACCGCUCUCACCCGUACGCCCCUCAACCUGCCCACACACCCCACCCUCCAUUACUCGCCCGCCCUCCUCCUUUAUUCGCUCAUCCUCCUCUGGCUCCUCCACCAGCCUUGUUCCAUCCAUACAGAUGGGCCCCUCAGCCUCCAGCUCAAUGGAGGGCCCCUCACUCAGACCCCAACAGGUCCUGGCACCCCCCUCCACCUGACCCACAGUGGAACUCUUCCUUUGCCUUGCUAGACAGGGGUGGAGCUCUUCCCAACUUUCCUCACUACUCCCCCAACUGGACAUCUGUUGCUAAUGGAGACAGAUCAGCUGAGGGCAGGAGUGGGCCAAAUUUAAGCAACCCUGUCAGAACCUCCCAGAGACCCAGUGCUAACGGAUACAAUGGCUAUUAGUUACCAAAGCAGGUUAAAGGGGACAUAACGUACAAAACACAUUUUUUUUUAGCCCUUAAAUUCAGUUUUUUGUGUAAUUUUAGCCUAUAGCAGCACCACGUGUCCCUGUUGCAGUCCAGGCUUUCAGUCUGUCCUCACUGUUUGAGCUAAACCGAAAAUUUAACUCAAUUUGUUCGUUUAGAUGGAUCCCAUACACAACAGGUCGUCUCGCCAAAAACUCCCCAAAAAAGUCAAUUCAACUGAGUCACAAACACACAUUCAAGGUCAAGUUCAGUUUAUUUUUCAAACUGGUUGAACAGUUUUCUAAUAAAACCCAGUAGAUGGAUUCAUCCUGGACCAACAUGUAGUGACAAAACAAACAGAAAUGCCUUUUUUUUUUUUUUAAAGAAUUCUUUUGACUCUAGUCGGUUUUAUUGUAUUUUUUCAACUCCAGUGGGUUUUUGGACUGUAAUGUUCUUUAUUUUAAAGUGCUCAGACAGGAAAGUAGAUAAUGAGAGAGGCCUCCUCAUGUGGGUUGUGCUUACCCCUUUUGCAGCCACCGCACCCUGACUCUACUGGUUUUUAUUAAAUUACUUUUGACUCUA